AUGAGCAGUGUUAUUAAUUUGAAGGAUUCAUCUUUCUUAAAGAUGAACGCACCCUGUAAACGCACAUAUACUGCGGUGUCACCUAGCAACGCAAUCAAGAAUGGUGAACAGGAAUAUAAGCGGAGGAGGGAUAGUGACUAUCAAGGUAGCUCCCCUUCAAUGACAUUCUCACCUAGGACGCAUAAGUCACCUAGCUUCUCUCCACUAACGUCUCCCGGUUAUGCUAAAACGAAUAGUUGUCCACCUCCACCACCUCCCCCGAAAAAAUUAUCUUCUAAUGAAAGUUCACCAACUAUCAUAAUUCCUAAGAAUGAUGAACCGAGACGUCCAAAAGGGCCGAAAACUCCUCCUUUACCUCCUGAUGAUUCCCUUGAUGCGUAUGGAGGUUGUUCGGCUUUUGAUACGUCGACGCCUCCCCCUGCUUUAGUUAAUGUUCCAAAUGGUUUUGCGCAGACUAUACCGUUCACGCAUAACCCUUUUUUCCCUCCACCUCCUCCUCCCCCACCUCUAUUUGUUGGUGCUUUUAUGCCUCCUCCUCCUAUACCAAAUCACUAUGCAAUUGAUCAUAGUAUUACACCUCAGAGCACCGUAGAUGGUCCUCCGACUCUUUUGUCUCCUAAAACCUCAAUAGAUGUCUCUUCCAAUCCCCAUAAUCUUGCUCAUCUUCCUUCUCAUAAUCUUCCUACGACUCAUCACAAUAUAACUCAUAACUCAACUCAUACUCCUUCUCAGAAUAACACUCACAAUAAUCAUAAUGUAAAUCAUAGUACUCCCAACAGCUCUACUCACAAUGCUACUCACAGUUCUUCUCAUGGCUACUCCCACAAUUACUCUCAUAAUUAUACUAAUAAGCAAAAUCAUACUCCACACAAAACUUCUCAAAGCUCCUCUCAUAGUACAACUCACAAUUCUUCUCAUAAACCUCCCCACAACUCUGCUCAUAAUCCUCCAAAUAAGUCAUCUCACAAUUCUUCUCUACCUAAAUCUGUCUUGGAGACGGCCAAAGUGAAAUUAACAAUAUCAGAUAUUGCGAAGCCGUUACAUACAUCUAGGUCUUUCGAGGAAAAAGAAAAAGACAAAGUUGCACCUCCUCCACCUCCACCUCCCAGAUCUUUCCAAACGAAUAGGAGAAUAAGUGAAGAGUCUUCGAAUGUGUCUGCAAUAGGAAGUGCGUCUUGCUCAACGCCGACAAGUUCGAAAGCCUCAACAUCUUCAUCUUCGAAAGAUCUCACUCUUGCCAAUGAUCCUAUACUUUUGGAUCUUCUGAGGACUUCAACUUGUCAAAGUACUUCGCCGAGUCCGAAGAAUAUAUUGAAGAGGAAACUUUCUAAGAAUGACAAACCUCCCGAACGUCGGUAUAUCAAGGACUGGAAAGAAGAGUUAGAUUUGAAGAAAGAAGAGGCAGCUAAGAAAGCGGAAGAUACUAUCAGGGAUACUCCGACUAAAGAAAACUCUCUCAGAGAGACUCCUUCCAAAGAAAUUCCGCCGAAAGAGGUUUCGAACAAGGAAAGUCCUACGAAAGAAGUUCAGAUGAAGGAUAUCAUCGCUAAGGAGAAGCUGGCCAAAGAUGCUCUUCUUAAAGAAAAGCUCAACAAAGAAGCUCUGGCUAAAGAAACUCUUGCGAAAGAGAAGCUUGCGAAAGAGAAGCUUGCGAAGGAAAUGCACGCGAAGGAGAAGCUCAUGAAGGAAAUGCAUGCUAAGGAAAAAGCUGUUAAAGAAGCUCAAGCCAAAGAGAAGUUUGCUAAAGAUAUGCUCGCCAAAGAAAAGCAGUUCAAAGAAAAUCACGUGAAGGAUAAGCAAGCCAAAGAAUCUCACUCCAAGGAAACGCACGACAACGAGAAGAAAACCAAAGAGAAGCUAGCCAAAAUCGCUCUGCAGAAGUUAGCGUUACAGAAUCUCGCCAAAGAUAAUCUUGCCAAGGAGAAGCUCGAGAGAGAAAAGUCCGAGAAGGAGAAGUCGGAAAAGGAGAGACUCGCCAGAGAAAAAAUUAUAAAGGAGAAACAAGCCAUCGAAAGACUCGCCAAAGAACGCCUUGCUAAGGAGAAACUGGCUAAGGAGAGAUUGUCGAGGGAAAGGUUAGCAAAGGAUAGAAUGACUAAGGAACAGAGCUACAAAGAGCAUUCAUCGGAAGAGAAGGAACACUCAGAAAAACGUGCCAAGGAGAGGCCUGCGAAGGAGAAGAGUGCCAAGACUAUUGAUGGCAAACCUAGUCAUGACUCUGCUGAUUUGAUAGGAGACGAUUUUGCCAAGGCAGUUCGAGCAAAGAAAAGCGAGAAGAAGAAAGCUAUCAAAGUUUCUCUUGAAAACAUCCCAACUGUUUUAACCUCUACCGAAACUGAGAAGAUCAACAGCAAGUAUGAAAAUCUAGCUAACGCUGCUUUGUCAAAAGAGGAAGGAAGAUCGACUGUUAGAUAUCCUGGAGUAGUAUUGAAAACGGAGGAUGAGAUCAAGAAGGAAGUUGAAAGUGAAGAGAAGGUGGACACAACGAUAGUAAAAAAAGUCCCGCAAGAGACUAGUUCUGGUAGAGCAGAGUUUGUACAAUCGUUAAUCAUUGAAACGAUUGACGAUAUAGAGUUCACUACUAAGGCAGUCUUGUUGGAGUCCAUCACUGGAGGAGUAGCUGCUAGCGUUAAAAAGAAGAAUGUCCCUAAUAAGCGGCCUCUGAAGACCGUAAGUUCUUAUAGUGCGCCCAGGAAAAUCUGCAAGGAGUUUCCUGUAUCAGCGGAUAGAGUUCUCUCUGCCGAGCCAAGCACGAAGCGAGCUUUUGAUAAACUGCCCCCCGAUCAUCUCCUCAAACUUUUCCAAGAAGAAUUGCCUGAGCACGACCAGGAUAAAGUGAUUGUAACCCGAGAUGAUUUGUGUUUUAGCUUGGAUAAUUUGCUAUGUGAAGAAACUGAUAGUAGAAGAGCACUUGCUCCAAUAGCCCCACUCACAAUAGUACGUGGUAAACCAUCAGCUGAUGAUGAUGCUGAGGAGAAGCCAAAAGGGAAGAAAGGCAAGAGGAAAGACACAGCCUCCUCUAAACAGGAAAAAGUGGAAAAAAUGGAGAAAGUUGAAAAAGUGGAGAAGGAAGAUCCUACUGUAUCGAGGCUUGAGAGGAGCUCGAGACCCAGUUUUCUUGUCAAUGAGUUGUUGUAUCCAUUCCGUAAACCGAUCGAAGAUUGUAUGCGAAAGCUGGGUAUCACCAAAGGACAGUUCAAGCUACCUUGGCUAUGCAAGAAGUUUAUUCCAUUUUUGUCAUUGGAAAAUCAUCCUAAUGGCGGUGGAACUAUUUUGAAAGCUGAUUGGGUUUCUGUCGAAGCUUCUCUAUCUAUGUAUGAAAGAGAAAGAUUUGCGCAACAGUUUAUUCGGUUCGGUAUGGCUGAAAUUGAGCAAACCCCGAUUUUCGUCAUGGCCGUUAUCAAGAACUCUGCUGCAUUUUUACCUGAUAUAUUCAAUCAUCUUGCUAGAAAAUAUCCGCAAUUAUCAAUCAAAGCUGGGUCUCUCAUUAAUAAACAGCUGGUGGAGACCCUCUCACUUGGGAACUAUCAUAGAGACGUGAUGGACAGCUUGAUGAGUGGCACCUUCCGCUCUGGUCCAUUAUUCUCGGUUUCUCUCGUAGGAGCAAAACAAGAAGAAUCUGGAGACUAUUUCCCUGAGAUUAUUUCGGAAUUAAACGCUAACGUUAUUCUGAACCCAAUAAUGCCUUGGGGUAGAUGGAGUAAAUUGUUUAAUACGAAAAUAACGGACAGUGAUGAUGGACCUAUCUUCUGGGUUAGGCCUGGUGAACAAUUAAUUCCAACAGAUGAGGUUAAAGAUGAUAAGAAGGGAAAGAAGGGUAAAAAUCAGAAUCAAUCUCAAUCAAAUCCCACGGCCCCUCCAAAUCCUUAUGCAGGAUUACGUCAUGAAAGGAGAGAGUUGUUGUUCGAGGACAGAACUCCAUGCCAUGCGGACUAUGUUGGGGAUGGAUUGGAAAGAGCACCAACAGGAGCUGUUGGAAUCCUCCAGGCUAUAUUAGCAGGAGACGAAAAGCCUGGAACAAAUCGAGCAGUUAAGGAUGUUGUGUGUUUCCAUGCAGCUGAUUUUGCUGCUGUAACAGAGAGGCUGCAAUUAGAUUUAUACGAACCUCCAAUGUCGCAGUGUGUUCAAUGGGUUGAGGAAGCUAAACUUAACCAGUUGAGGAGAGAAGGAGUAACGUAUAGCAAAGUCCAGCUCCAUCAUAAUGAUAUUUACUUCUUGCCGAGGAAAAUCAUCCAUCAGUUCCGUACAAUUUCUGCCUGUUCUUCAAUCGCUUGGCACGUCAGAUUAAGACAAUAUUAUACUGAAGAUCCAGCUGCAGCCGCUGCUGCUGCUGCCGCUGCGGCCGCUGCCGCAGCUGAAGCUUAA